CCUGCCAACAUGGCUGUAGGACGGAUAUAUUUAGCCGUAUUCUUAUUACUGAAUCAUGGAAACUCUGCCGUUUUCAGUCAGGAUAUUGACGACGAUUCUAUUGCAUUUGACACUUCCAGUCAACAUGGGCUCAAUGUAGAAUCAUUACAAGCUAAUAAUGACACGCAAUUCGAUAAGAGAUAUCUUCUUUAUGAUGUGAAUCCUGGAGAAGGAUUUAACCUCAGACGGGAUGUGUACAUGAGAGUGGCAAAUAUGAUGAAGCUUCUGCGAGAAAAACAGAACUGGAUCCUUGUCGUUCCGCCUUGGAGAAAACUUUACCACUGGCGAUCGGUGAUCGAACAAAAUGCCCUUCCUUGGCGGACAUUUUUCGACCUGGAAAGCUUGAAUCGUUACGUGCCUGUCAUUGAGUUUGAAGAAUUCAUGAGGGAAACCGGCGAAGAAGCCAUAGAUGAAAUCCUCUAUUUACAAGGUUACGCUGAAGGGUGGAAAGACGGACAUUGGGAAGAAAAAAUAGACGAUAGAGAUUGCAUUGAUAGACCUGUAUACCACAAAGAUGAAAGCGGGUAUUACAGAGGUUACUUCUGGGGAAUGGAAGACAUAUUCGCGCGUAAAUUUAAAUGUGUCUCUGUACAGGGCACUUCGGCAAUUCUAGUGCCUACACUUCUGGAGAAAACCAAGUCAAAGUCUGUGUUUAUUGACAGAUUUGAAAAGGUUAUGCACAUUCGUUAUGGUCAGGUGGAAUUUUAUAAGGCAAGGAGGAGCCUGGUUUUUGCCAAACACUUAAGAGAUGAAGGAGACAAGUUUCGUAGAGAAUUCUUAAAAUCUGACGAUGAGAGGGAUGCUACAGUCAUGGAUCCAGACUGGACCAAGAAUCAGAAAAAAGAAGGUUCUGCUAAAGGAGGCCCAUAUUUAGCAGUUCACUUGAGAAGAGCUGAUUUUCUCUAUGCUCACCCUGAUGGCGUUCCAUCUCUUGACAAUGCUGUCAAGCAGAUCAAGGAUAUUCUUGAAAAGGAGAAGCUUGAUAUGGUAUUCCUUGCGACAGAUGCUGAUAAAGAAGAGGUGACAUAUUUGAAGAGUAAACUACCCCUGGUGAAAUAUGACCCACCGAAGGAAAUUCUACAUAAUUAUGGUGAUGGCGGAGUUGCCAUAAUAGACCAGUGGAUUUGUGCACAUGCUCAAUACUUUGUAGGGACAUGUGAAUCAACAUUUUCAUUUCGUAUUCAUGAAGAAAGGGAUAUAUUAGGUUUCCAUGGUGACAAGACCUUUAAUUGUCUCUGUGGAGAUAAGAAGCUUGGAAAAUGUGAACAACCAUCAAAAUGGAGAGUAGUAUACUAAAAAUAUGAUGAAUGUACUUUAAAGCUUUUCUGCAUUCAACUUUCAGUCAGUCAUUAAAAGAAGAUAACUAAUAAAUUAUGGGAUUGCUUUGGGAACAGGAUGUGAAACAUUUCUGCGAGACAAGAUGGUAGUUAGAAUUUUUAGAUAUUAGUGCCAGUAGACACUUAGUUAACCCUUAAACUCCUAUGAGUGACCAAGACAGAAUUUCUCCUUACAAUAUCAAUACAAUGUCAAGCAGACAAGCAAUGAGAAUAAAGAAAAAUAUCAAUUAGUGGAAUUGUUAAUUGAUGUAAGACCAAAUUCUCUGAACUAAAAUCAAGAGAAUCACCGGUAUAUGUUAGACAGUUAGGAGAAUACCUAGAAAGAACUUGGGAGUGAAAGAGUUAACUCUUCAUUUCCAGGAGCGACCAAAAAGGAACUUCUCUUUGUAGUAUGGAUUUUUUUUCAAGGAGAAAGGUGAUGAGAAGGAAUAGAAAAAGAGAACUUGAGUAGAGACAAUUUUGCAACACAUAUGGAAACCAGAAGAAGCAUAAAACUAGUUCUGGUGCACUUUGACACCAAGGUAUUUAUGGCAAGGUCUUGUUUUAGCAUUUUGAACCAAACUUUGCUGACCUAAAUGGUGCAGUGAGCAUCAGGAAUGAGAACUUAAAACUUCCAGUUGCCAUUUGCGUCUUAGAAACGUUUGUACUUAAGCUCCCUUAUAUCAGCAAAGGAAUACUGUUUGAUGUAAUACCAAAUUCUUAGAGCUACAAUUGUAAGAGGUGUUUGGUGGACAGAGGGGAGAAUUGAUCUUUAGAUCAAAUUGGGCAUGUGGGUGUAAGAACAUGAUUGGUGCAUUUGCCCUCUGCACUAAGAUGAUGAGGAUCUCAGAAUAAAAUUUUUACUUGUUUUCGCUCACAAGAGUGCCCACAGUCUAUCAUUUCCUGCUUAGCAUAUAGAGAUAGUGAAAAAAAAUCUAACUGGAGAUAAUAGAUUUAUGCGGCAUGAUUUCAUAUGAGGCUGACUUCUUCUCACUCAAAGGAUGAGGCCAGAAAAGACAGAUUUCUUAUUCUCUAGAUUGUAUGUAAUGAGCUAUAGGAUGAUGAAUGUUACUCACUCUAAAAUCUUAAAAUAAGGAUUCUUGUUUCCUGAAAGCCUGCUCGAUCAAGGAUAGGGUUUGGUUGAAGCUGCUGGAGAUUCAAAACAAAAUCAAUUUUGUAUGGUGUUGAUUUUUUUGUUGCCUUACCUUCUUUUACAUUAAUGCUGACCAACAUUUCCCGUCAGUCUUCUAUGAGUGACCCAUUUCACUGUUGCCAAGCUUAACCUUUUUAUUAUAAAAAAUAAACUUUCCACUGUAAAAUCCAUAUAUUUAUUUUCAUUCUGGAUCUAAGAAUUUGGGGUGACAUCCUGUAGCUGAUUUUAUCUUUCUUCUCAUCACUUUUAUGCUUGAAAAUAUAAGGAUAAUGUAAGGAGAUAUUCAUAUUCGGUCACUUCCCCAAUUGAAAGGGUUAUCAUCAGGAACAAUCAGUGAUAAUUGUUGCAAUGUUCUGGGCUAAUUUCUAGCUUGAACUGAUGAACCUGCAUUGACACCAGAGCUAAGGGAUUGACACCUUAAAUCAAUCUGUUAUUUAAAGGACAUGAAAGUAGAAGAUAACUGUCAAACAACUGAUUGCAGUAUCAUCAGACAAUUUCCUUGCCUAAUAACUGCCAUUAACAGUUUUGCCUAGCCUAAGUAUUAAUCCCUAUUGAUAGUUUGCUGCAUUCUGUGCCAUUUCAAUAAUUAGUGGGCUUUGCCUUAAUGUAAUAAUGUAUCUGCCGAUAGAUGCAUACGUGACCAUGGUAUCAGAGAUUUUUUGCUCCUUUUGGACAAAAUGUCAGAUCCCAUGUUUUUGUCCAUCUUUUAUUCCCAUAAAUUUCCAAAAGUAGUGAGAACAGUCAGCAGUGCACUUACAUAUACUUUCUGUUUCUUUUGUUUAGACAUAUUUCAACAUCAUUUGUGAUCAGUUUUCUUAUCUAUUGAUUUAUUCAUACAGCAACAUGGAAGCUGUGUUUAAUUCAUAUAUUGAUGAAUAGAAGUGCAGAUAAGUUCCAUCUCAAUUUUUAGGCUCAAAUUAUAUGAUAUCUAAUCAGACACAGCUGCUAUAAAAAAGUUUGAUGCUCAAGUGAUAGUGUUUGUAACCAGUCAGAGGUCAGGGUAAAUGUUUGCCAAAAAGGGUUUGUAUAUUCUCUUUAGGUUUUUAGGCAUUAUCAGCAAGAGUAAGAAACAGUGCUCUUUUAUCACAUGACUAGGAGAAGAUUUGACCUAGGCUGCCAGAUGCUGGGAAGUGGGAACAGGGCUAUUGUUUGACUUUUCUUCUUGUUAAUUUUAGUGUGCCAAACAUUUAAUCUGAGUGACACACCUAGGGGAGGUUUGGCUGGAGUUGUAUGCAUAUCCUGUGUAGGAUCGAUGUCAUCCAGCCUUAUCUAGUGUAAUAGGGAAAUAUUUACUAGCAGAUAUAUAUAAAUGUUAAUAUUGAAAAUAUAAGUCUAUACACUGUUUGAAAGCUCAUACCGUGAUUGCCAGCUCAUACCUUCAUACCUGCUCAAGCCAAAUAAGGUAGUGAUCAUAGGAAGGAGGGUCAGGCCACUACUUAGGUCAUGUUUUGGAUUUUGGUCUAGAAAGAGGAGGCCUGGAUUCCUUUGUAGAUCAGUGCUUGAGAUAACAACCUAAGCUGAAUUAUCUGCCAAGAUUGAAGUUCUUGGAAACUUGUAAUGGUUCUUCCCAUGCAGAUAUUGCAAGGUAUAAAUGUUUGUAAGGAGGUAAGAGGUUUCAAAAAUGAGAUAUUGUAGCCCUUCUUUACUAAGCCAAAAUGAGUGUGUGCCCCCAAACAGGGUGUGUCUUUUGCGCUUUUGAGUCUUUAUGCCUUUUACAGCUUUAUACCAGUACAUCUUCAUACUGUUCUCUAUACAUUUCCUGACCUGCUGACAAGGAGAAUUUUUUUAAUAAUAAAGAACUUCUUUAGUUGAUCAUUUCCUUUAUUCUUGUGACCUUAAUAUGUAAUUCAGAAAUUAGAUGCUUAGUCAGUCUAAGAAGUCAUAGAUCAAGCCUUGUGAACAGGUUGUACCGUCUUUUAAGAGGGGAGUUUAGUGUGACCUCAAUAAUGUGGGCACUGGUAGAUAAGGUGGUCACUCACUAAAAUUGUGUCAAAUUGAGCAAGACACAGACAAGGUCAAUGUGCCACAAUCUCUAUGGAUCG